AUGACGGAUAAAGCACCAAUUAAAACAAAUAAACGUCUACAACAAACUCAAGCUCAAGUUAAUGAAGUUGUUGAUAUUAUGAGAGUUAAUGUUGACAAAGUAUUAGAAAGAGAUAAAAAUCUUUCUGAACUUGAUGGUCGAGCUGAUGCAUUACAAGCUGGUGCUUCUCAAUUCGAAGCUAGUGCUGGUAAACUGAAAAGAAAAUUUUGGUGGAAAAAUUGCAAAAUGCUAGCAGUAUUGGGUGUACUAGUAGUUAUUUUAAUUAUCGUAUUAAUUGUAUGGGUCGUUUCUGAACAAAAAAAUAAAGUUGAACAAAGUGAACAUUCAUCUCAUCAUCUUGUGAUGGAUAACACAUCGCAUUUAUUAUCGGAACCACUGAUGAUGGAGCAUUCAAGAGAAGGAAAACCAAUUUUGCCUGAUGAUCAUAUGAUAGGUUCGAAUGAAGUAAAUAGUGGAACGCCACCGUCUUUUAAUUCUAAUAGAAUAAAAUCCAAAGGUUUUGAGAAAUUACGAUCACCUCCAUUGUCGUUGCCAACUUCUCCUUCGUAUUCCCCCUCUUUCUCUUCGUAUCCCUCUUCGUCUCAACAUCAUUUUGAAAACAAUGAAACAUCAUUGUUUUAA